CAUGGACAGUGAAAAAGCCCCAAUCGUAUUUAAAUCAACGAAAAAAAAAUCUAUACGUAAACGAAAAGAUUCAUCAGAAGACGAAGAGUCUACAGAGGAUAAUUCAUCAGAAAUAAACUCAAAGUUGGAAGAAAUGAAAGAACUACAAAAACUGCGCAAGAGACCAAAUGGUGUUAAUGUUAUUGGUUUAGCUUUGGGUCAAAAAAUUAGUUUGGCUGAAGAAGUUACCGCAAAAGAUCCAUUUAGUAUAAAAUCAGGAGGAAUGGUAAACAUGGCAAAUUUGAAGAAUUGCAAUUUAAAGUCUGACGAUGAUGCUUAUAAUACUGGCAUCGGAACACAAUUUUUUGCAGAAACUAAUAAACGUGACGAAGAUGAAGAAAUGAUGAAGUAUAUUGAAGAGCAACUGUCACAUCGAAAAGGACUUGCAAAGAAAAGUGGCAAUGAAGAUUGUAAUUCAGAAGAGCCAAAUAAAUAUCGAACACCUGAAGAAGCUGCUCUUUUAGCAGUACCAGAUUAUUUAAGACAAUCUACAACACAAAGAUCAGAAGAAAUGUUGUCUAAUCAAAUGUUGAGUGGCAUUCCAGAAGUUGAUUUGGGAAUUGAAGCAAAGAUAAAAAAUAUAGAAGCAACAGAGGAAGCUAAAUUAAAACUUUUAUGGGAGCAGAGGAAUAAAAAGGAUAUUCCAUCGCAGUUUGUUCCAACGAAUAUGGCUGUUAAUUUUGUUCAACAUAAUAGAUUUAAAAUUGAUGAGCCAGACAAAAAGAAACGUAAACAAAAUGAAUCUAAGGAAGAUACGCAGAAUCCGAACAGCAAGGCAUCGGAUGAUUUUCAUUUUGAGAAGUUUAAGAAGCAGUUUAGACGAUAUUGAGCAUAAUACAUAUACACGUACAUAUAUUUGUAUA